GGAACUUAGAAAUGGGCUGCACCUCAUGCAAACAAAACCAAACCAUCGAAAGCACUAGAUAUGUUAAAGAUGUUAUCAAAAGUAAGUAUAAAAUAGAGAGAAUCAUCUCUGGAGAUGGACUCCUUGGAAAAGUCUUCAUUGCUUCCAUCAAAGAUGAGCCUGAACAGAAGGUUGCUAUCAAAGCCAUCGCAAAAUAAGCAGAUGAACUUGUCUAAUAAAGAUAUAUCAGCAAUGAAAGUUCUUGAAGAAGUAAAAAUUCUAGAAAAGUUGGACCAUCCUAACAUGUGUACAUACAUCGAAAGUUAUGAAACAGAAAAGACGAUAUACAUAGUAAUGGAAUACUUUGAGGGUACUCAGCUCUUUGACCUCAUGAUCCAGCGAGUGGAGUCCAAAGGUUCAUUCAACGAGCGAGAAGUUUGUGAUAUUAUUAAGAAAAUUCUUGAUGUCCUUAAGUACUGCCACUCGCAAGAAAUCAUGCAUAAGGAUCUAAAGCCAAAAUAAAGUCCUUUGUGACAGUAAUGGAAACCUUAAAAUAGUAGAUUUCGGUCUAUCUAAAUGGGACUUUUUCACAACAAUACAAAUGAUGACUGGAAAAACAUUCUAUUUAGCUCCUGAAAUUCUAAAAUAAUGAUAAAACAACAAAGUGAGAUAUUUGGUCUGUAGGAGUUAUCAUGUAUAGUCUCCUAAGCGGCUGUUUACCAUUUACUAGUGAUACCAACCAGACAGUCUUUCAGAAAGCUAUUAAAGGAGAAUAUUCUAUGGAAUCUGGAGUCUGGGACGGAAUUAGCCAUCAAGCCAAAGAUCUUAUACAACAUAUGAUAAAUAUAGACGUUGAUAAGAGAUAUACAGCUGAAGAUUGCCUUGCUCAUGAGUGGUUUACAAUGGAACACCAGACCAUUGAUGACAAGAAAUACUCAACUGGAAUCGUUAAAAACCUUAAGUUAAUGCGAUCGCAAACCAUAAUGGAAAGCGCAGCUCAGACGUUGGUAAAAUAAGAAAAUUGAAAUCCAAGACAUCAGGGGAAUCAGAAAUGAACUUAAAAAAUUAUGAGAUGAAGAUGGUACAGUCGAUUCCAUCAAUUUCAAGAAAAUUCUGCUUAAAUUUGAAAGCAGCUUAACCAGUGAGCAAGCUGAUAUAAUCAUUAAAGAGAUAUUAUCUACACAGAAAACUUCAGGAAGAAUAAAUUACUUAGAAUUUAUUGAUGAAUUAAAAAGCCUACAUAGCUAUAACUCUGACACUCGCAUGUGGUUAACUUUCAGUAAAUACAUCAACCAGGAAUCUGGCCAUCUGCCUUAUUCUGAGCUACAAGCUGCUAUCGGUGAAGUUGAUUCCCCAAGAACAAAGGACGAUAUCAGCCAAGUUUGUAUGAUCCUAAACAUCAGUGAGGACGAGGAGAUAGAUUUUGUAAAAUUCAAGGAAAUACUAAAGCACAAAAAGCACUAUUAAUCAUUUACACAUUGACAACUUUCUCAUAAAUUAA